GAAAGAACAGACUUUGAAUCAAGAGCCACCAARAACAUGUAUACAACAUUACUAGACAAUGAAGGCUCAUUUGUCAAGGAUGUUCAACGAUACCUUGACCACAAGACCUUCCUGGACAAAAGAAAGAAACAAAUGCUUCAUAAAAAAUGGAGUGAACGUGUGUUUAUACCAAUCCAGCACCAAAUUGAUAAUGAAAUGAAUGGACAAAACUACAAGAAUUUAGAUAAAAGAAAACGACAAUUGCAUAAAGAAUAUUUAGAUUACAGUAAUAAGAAGGGUGUAGUGUUCCUUGAUGUGAUAUCAUCUGAGGAAUAUGACCCACUUCUCUUGAAUGCCAACCGACCAGCACCGCUCAAGGCUAUAACUCAUGAAUUAGAUGACUGCUUAAUAGCCCAAAGAAAAACCGAAAGAAAUGAAGAUAGAGCUGUGAUUCGAUGUGCGACUGGUGAAAUUAAAACUGACAAAGAAAUAGAAGAGCUUUAUCUUCCUAGUCCUCCUAUGGUACCCCUCGGCAGACAUGGUGUGCAGUGUAAAACCUGGCUUAGGAUGCAGCUUCAUGAUAUUGAUAGUGAUGUACGAAAACGUAGUGGACAAAGAAUGAUUGGCACUCAAAACCAUGGCGCUAUAGACUUUGAAGAAAUCAGCCAAUCCAAGGCAUCCCCAGAACUUCUUGACGUCGAACUCCGUGCACAAAAGAAAAGACAGUACCCCGAAAAACAUGCUUCAACUGUGGACUUUGAAUGGCCAGAACUUCCAAGCAUAACGAAGACCUCUUGUCACCCUCGAAUACCCAAUGUAUUACCAUUUGCUAGUAGUUUUGACUACUAUCCUGAGUAUUUUAAUCUCAGCGCUAGUUUUUAAAUUAAUCAAUCACUGAAUUUAAAAAAAAUAGUUUAUUUUCCUUUUUGCUGUAGUUUAUUUUAUAUAUCUUUUUUCGUGGGGAUGUACCUAUGGGCAAAAAAAGUUUCCAAUGCACUCCCGGAAAAUCUUGAAAUUGAGAGCCUUGGAAAUGCGAUUUCUAGAGUUUUGAGGCUGGACAUUUAUGGCAUUUUAACAAGGAAACUGCCUCCCUUGCCUGAUAGUUGCUACGGCCUUUCAAGAAAACAGCUUUCGUGAAAAUAAAACGGUUUUAUCCUUCAAAAACGUCAAAUUAUUAUUGAUGACCCUACACUCUGUACCCCAAAGUCUUGCCCCUGCCCUCCCCCCCCCCCAAAUACAAACGUACUUUCCCUAAUUAACUUGAUAAGCCAACCCCCAUAAUUUUUCUUUAAUCUAAAAUUAUUUUAAACUUAAAUUUGAAUUGCUUUGUUGGU